GAACGCGACCUUUAUAUAACGGGAGAAUCCUACGCCGGGAAAUAUGUUCCAUCAUUUUCAUACAAAAUUUAUCAGGAAAACAAAAUACUCUCUGAAAAUAAAGGACAAAAAAUUAACCUGAAAGGACUUGCUAUUGGAGAUGGUUUGAUUGAUCCUGUCAGUCAAACCGAGUACGGAGAUGUACUGUACAACAUUGGUCUGAUAGAUUUCAACCAGAAACUGGUUUUUCAGGACAGAAGUAAACAAACAAGAGAUGCUAUAGCAAACAAGGAUUGGAUGAAAGCUUUUACAAUCUUUGAUCAGCUUCUAAACGGGGAUAUUAAUCCUUCACUCUUCACUAAUAUGACAGGAUAUACGAAUUAUUUUAACUUCCUGAGACCUGAACAACCCAAGGAUUUUGAAUACUUCACAGCUUACUUGGAACAGGAAUCAACUCGGAAAGGAAUUCAUGUUGGGAAUCUUUCCUUCUCUGAUGAAGCACUGGUUGUAGAGAAACAUCUUCUCCAGGAUAUGAUGCAAUCAGUGAAACCUGCCCUAGAGGAACUAUUAGAUUCAGGAUACAAAGUAUUGAUAUAUAACGGACAGUUGGAUAUUAUAGUUGCAACUUCUCUGACUGUCAACAUGGUAAAUAAUCUAGACUGGAAGGGAAAGGAAGAUUUUCAAAAGGCGGAACGCAAACAGUGGCGAAUAGGUUCAGAUUUGGCUGGGUACGCAACAUCUUCUGGGAACUUUACUUUUGUAGUAGUUCUUGGGGCAGGACAUAUGGUUCCUCAUGAUCAACCUAAACGUGCAUUUGAUCUGAUCAAUCGAUUCACAAGAGGGAAAUCCUUCUAAUUUGAAAUAAUUUGUAAAAUUUUAUUAGUUGAAAAUUGUUAUAUUUUUAUUCAAUUAUACUCAAAUAUUUAAUUAUUGAGAAUAAAACAUGAACAAUGA